AUGCAGUUCUUCACUGUCGCCAUUGCCAUGCUGGCAGCCACCUCGGUCAACGCUGCUGCUCUGCAGAAGUGGUGCGGUCACCCCGGCCAGGGCUGCUACAUGAUGAAGCGCACCGCCGAUGUCACUGGUGAUGUCAAGCGCUCUGCUGAGGCCCUCGCCGAUGCCAUGGCUGAGGCACACCCCAUUGCUCUCCAGAAGUGGUGUGGCCACCCCGGCCAGGGCUGCUACAAGGUCAAGCGCGCCGCCGAGGCUGCCGAUGAGGUCAAGCGCUCCGCUGAUGCUCUCGCUGAGGCCAUGGCUGCCCUCGAUGACGAAGAGUAA